AUGAGCGGAAUUACUGACGUCGAAAAACAAAAAUAUUUUCAAGUUUUCACCUCGUUGGGUCCGUCGAUUACCGGCCAUCUAUCAGGUACACAGGCAAGGAACUGGCUUCUAAGUUCGAAGCUUCCAGUUCAUUGGCUCGAAAGAAUAUGGGAUAUUUGUGACAUUGAUAAGGACGGCCAACUUGACUUUGACGAGUUCUCGGUUACCUUUAAGCUAGUGGGCGAUCUGUUGAACGGAGUAUAUACGGACGUGCCUCCUUCUCUGCCGCCACAAUUGAUUCCUCCAAAUAAAGCCCACCUACUUUCUGGUGGUGGUUUUGGUGGUAACAGCUCGACCUUGAGUAUUGGUGGUCACGGGACAUAUUCACAGUCCACUCCAAUAAAUCCGAUCCCACAAUCAAUUAACCCAAUUUCUCAGACCAAUAUUGGACCAAUUCAAUCGGGGAUAUCGAAUAUAGUUCCUUCUUAUCAAGUUCCACUGCAUUUACCACAGAUCACUUCGGUCUCGCCACUGCCAUCACAAGUACAAGUGAAUGCUUUCUUAAUUGAUCCUUUUCUUCUCAAUUUCAACUAUGAAAAUGAAUAUUCUAAAAAUGCUGGUCCCCAUGGAUACGUUCGAUUUGGUGAUUUCGAAGAUCUGUACCAACGACUCGGAAUACCAAGAGAAGAAUGUAUUGCUGCAUGGAAUCUCGCCGAUGUGAACUUUGAGCAGCAGCUAGGCAAAGAUCAGUGCCUUUUGUUUCUGCACAUAUUAAAUCAACGGAGUAAAGGAAGGCGUAUUCCUGACAGCGUUCCUAGUGCGUUAAAAACCUCCCUCCUGAGGGGUAAACUUAAUUAUAAUUACAAUGAGACAGCCGAUCCAUCUUGGAGAUCGAAGUCAUCCGACAGUGGAUCACAAAGUUCGAUAAGUAAAACUUAUAACUCUUAUGAUUCAGGGUCAAAAUGGGAAGAAGAGAAAUUACAAAGGGAACUUGAUGAAUUGAAUGAGAAACUGAAAAAGGCUGAGGAAACAUCGUCGUCUUCGUACACGAGCUCAACUUCAUCCAGGGAUUCUGGUGUUACAUCGGAGUUUAAACAAUUGUAUGAAUACAAACAAAAGCAGCUUGUCGAAGAGACGGACAAAGAGCAAUUGAAUAGGACAUUGGAGGAAUAUAUUCGUAAGGAGAGACUUGCAAUACGAGAAUUGCAAGAUGGUUUACGAUCUUUGAAAAGUCAACUUUCGAUCAUUGAAGACCACUCGGAAUCGGGUGACGCGGAUUAUAGAAGGCUCCAAAAAGAUAUCGAUGAUGCAAGACUUGGUCGGUGA